AUGGGGAAGUCAGGGGUCAUGGGGAAGGGUCAUGGGGAAGUCAGGGGCGGGUCAUGGGGAAGUCAGGGGGCGGGGGAAGUCAGGGGGGGUCAUGGGGAAGUCAGGGGGCGGGUCAUGGGGAAGUCAGGGGGCGGGUCAUGGGGAAGUCAGGGGGCGGGUCAUGGGGAAGUCAGGGGGCGGGUCAUGGGGAAGUCAGGGGGCGGGUCAGGGGCGGGUCAGGGGGCGGGUCAUGGGGAAGUCAGGGGGCGGGUCAUGGGGAAGUCAGGGGGCGGGUCAUGGGGAAGUCAGGGGGCGGGUCAUGGGGAAGUCAGGGGGCGGGUCAUGGGGAAGUCAGGGGGCGGGUCAUGGGGAAGUCAGGGGGCGGCCUGUCUAUGGGGAAGUCAGGGGGCGGUCAUGGGGAAGUCAGGGGGGGGUCAUGGGGAAGUCAGGGGGCGGGUCAUGGGGAAGUCAGGGGGUCAGGGGGGGGUCAUGGGGAAGUCAGGGGGCGGGUCAUGGGAAGUCAGGGGGAAGUCAGGGGGGGUCAUGGGGAGUCAGGGGCGGGUCAUGGGGAAGUCAGGGGGCGGGUCAUGGGGAAGUCAGGGGGCGGGUCAUGGGGAAGUCAGGGGGCGGGUCAUGGGGAAGUCAGGGGGUCGGGUCAUGGGGAAGUCAGGGGGCGGGUCAUGGGGAAGUCAGGGGCGGGUCAUGGGGAAGGUCAGGUGGGGGUCAGGGAGUCAGGUGCGGGGAAGUCAGGGGGCGGGUCAUGGGAAGUCAGGGGCGGGUCAUGGGGAAGUCAGGUGGCGGGUCAUGGGGAAGUCAGGUGGCGGGUCAUGGGGAAGUCAGGGGGCGGGUCAUGGGGAAGUCAGGGGGGCGGGUCAUGGGGAAGUCAGGGGGCGGGUCAUGGGGAAGUCAGGGGGGCGGGUCAUGGGGAAGUCAGGGGGGCGGGUCAUGGGGAAGUCAGGGGCGAGUCAGGGGGCGGGACCCAUGAGAACAUCCCCCAAUGGGCCCAAGUGUGUGCCUCCGCCCCAGAGGCAGAUCGCCACAGCGCGCCGGUCUCCAGUCACACGCAACGGAGGAGACGCCGAGCUGGUGGAGCUCAACCAGCAGCUUCUGGACAUGAAGCUCACCGUGGACGGCCUGGAGAAAGAAAGAGACUUCUACUUUGGAAAACUGAGAGACAUCGAGGUCAUCUGUCAAGAGCACGAGAACGAGAACGGCACAAUUGUCUCCAAGAUCAUAGACAUACUGUACGCUACAGAGGAGGGUUUCGCACCACCCGAAGACGAGGAUCUGGAAGACGGCGCUCGAGAUCAAGAAGAAUACUAA